UAAAACAGUGUCAAUCCGAGUCGGAAAAAACAUGAAUUACCGAGUCACACCGAUUCCAACCGAGUCAACUCGGAAUCUGUGCGAAUCGGUGGCCAUUUUUCGCGUUCUUCCUCAGAAUCAAACUCUCUCAGUCUCUCUGUGUCGCUAUCUUCUAACAACAAUGUCGUCCUCAGCUUCUGCUUCGUCCGAUAGCGACGAAGAAACUCUUCGCCGAAGCCGAAUUCUCAAAAGCAAGCUCUACUUCGAUGUUCCUCUCUCCAAGGUUCCUGUGAUUUACGCGGCGUCGUAUGAUAUAGCAUUUCUCGGCAUAGAGAAGCUGCACCCGUUUGAUUCAACUAAAUGGGGUCGCAUAUGUCGAUUCCUUGUCUCUGAUGGUGCUUUGCACAGAAGUUGUAUUGUUGAGCCUCUGGAAGCUUCAAAGGAUGAUCUCCUUGUGGUGCAUUCCGAAUCAUACUUGAAUAGUCUUAAGAGUAGUGCAAAUGUAGCCAUGAUAAUUGAGGUCCCUCCUGUUGCACUAUUUCCCAACUGUCUUGUGCAGCAGAAAGUUCUUCACCCAUUUCGCAAUCAGGUGGGAGGGACUAUUUUGGCAGCAAAGCUUGCAAAAGAACGAGGAUGGGCCAUCAAUGUAGGAGGGGGGUUUCAUCACUGUUGUGGGGAAAAAGGAGGUGGAUUUUGUGCCUAUGCAGACGUUUCUCUUUGCAUACACUAUGCCUUUGUUCAGUUAAACAUAUCAAGGGUGAUGAUAAUUGAUCUUGAUGCACAUCAAGGAAAUGGCCAUGAACUGGAUUUUGCCAAUGACAGACGAGUCUAUAUACUGGAUAUGUACAAUCCUGGCAUAUAUCCAUUUGAUUAUGAGGCAAGGAGAUACAUUGAUCAGAAGGUUGAAGUAGCGAGUGGGACCACAACAAAUGAGUACUUGAAGAAAUUAGAUGAAGCACUGGAGGUUGCUGGGCAUACGUUUGAUCCUGAGUUGGUGGUUUACAAUGCUGGAACUGAUAUUCUAGAUGGAGAUCCUUUAGGCAGAUUGAAGAUCAGUCCUGAUGGGAUUGCCAAUAGGGAUGAAAAAGUUUUUAGGUUUGCUCGUGAGAGGAACAUUCCAAUUGUCAUGCUCACAUCAGGUGGUUACAUGAAGUCAAGUGCCAGAGUUAUAGCAGAUUCCAUGAUCAACCUUUCAAAGAAAUCCCUGAUAGAUUUGGGUAAGAACGCCUGAAGUAUUCAUCACUGUUCGUGGCAUGAGUUUCCAGGCAAAUAUGCAUCCAAAAUCAGUUUGUGUAGUUGAUCACUAAAUCUUAUGGUUGUAAAUAAUUAUUACAAAUUGUGAUUAGUCCUCUUUUUGUCUUCAUUCUGUUGAUACUUACUGGUAGGACUGUAUAUUGAGAGCAACAUCUAGUAAAUAAGUGAGAAUUGUAGGCAUUA